AUGGAUCACCCCACAGUGACUGUACAUCCCGGUCCAGAAAAUUAUGAUGUGUUAAUACUCCAGCAACAGCAUCGAUCCCAGGUUGUGUGGGAUGGGAACUUGACUGGACAGGACGCGUGUUUAACUAUACGCCGUGCGAAUUAUGAGUUUUGGAAUCACGUGAGGCAACACCCUUUACAUAAUGGCAUCCUUAAUUACUUUGAGAGAUGUGGAUUUAGGGGAGUUUUAGAGGUACGCGAUAUGCAAUAUGAUGAAGGAAUCAUCACUGCACUUAUUGAGAGAUGGCAUCAAGAGACGCAUACAUUUCAUAUGCGCACUGACAAAUGUACCAUCACAUUGUGGCAGCAGUUGAUGUACGAGCUUACUGGUUGGUCGCCCGAAGAAGAAUCAAUUAAAAGUAGUAGCUUGUUGAAAAUAAAAGCAUUAUCUAAGCAUGUGGAAACCUUGAAUGAUAAUGAUGAACACACCGACGAGAUUGUGGUGCAACAGAGGGUCAGGUUGUACCUGCUUUGGCUGUUUGGUGGCACGAUAUUCCCUGAUAAUACUGGUGCAUUGCCUAGUUUAGACUUUUUGGAUGACAUAAGCGACCUUGAUGCAAUGGGCGGGAAAGCUUGGGGAGCAGCAGCAUUAUCAUCAUUGUACAAUUCUCUAUGUCGUGCUUCGAUGUGUAAUAGCGUGUAA